CCUAUUUCACCUCCAUAGUCCUACCUAACUACAGUCCCAUAUGUUAUUACUUACUACUGAUCUAACGUCUCUACGUCUACAUUAUCUAAUAUGUAUUUCACAAGCCUUCUUCUACUCUUACAAUCUCUUUUGCUUGUAGCGGCAGCCCCAGUCAACAAUCCUUCUGGCGCGAAGCGUAUUAGGACUUCAGACUUCUUUGUGGCUACUACCCACACUUCUCCACUUGCCCUUAACAUUACACAUGGGAACAAGGGGAAUGAGAUUCCGAUAGUGAAACUCGAAUAUCUCUCAACCUUCACGAAGAAACCCUUCCUCUACAUACAAGCUUCAAUUGACAAGGACGACGCAAAGGCUCUAGAAAAGCAGUCGCUGCCAUCUCUGCUCAAGGCUGUAACUGCUGAUGAAGUCAAAAGACAAGUUUAGAGGCAGGCCCAGGGCAUUUUCAGUUACUCCCAAGGAUGCAGAAUGGUGGGGAAAAUAUAAGGAGACAAGGGGCUUCCGGACUGUGUCUGAUACGUUUCGGCCCAGGACGAUUAAAGAAAUCAGGAUCAAGGCGAAAAAGAGAGAUGGCCAUCACGGGUAUGAAACGAGAUUUGUCCUUAGUAAAUAAGCGUGCUAUAAAUAGACGUCCUAGCUAGUGCUUUCUUUAAGUAACUAACCUAACUUUAACCUUAAAAUUAGUUAGUUAACUUACGGCUAUUUCUAGCGUUAACUAGUUCGUUAUUUACUAUUUUUCUAUAAUAGUUAACUAGGU